AUGGCGUUUGGAUGCUACACAAAAGUUCUUCCCAAUCCAGCCAAUGAAACCAGGACACGAAUACCACAACUCCCUCUUCAGAUUCACCUAACAGCGUCCUCCGUAAUGACAUCCAUCAGUCUUCCCAAUCCAGCCUAUGAAAUCAAGACGCGAAUACAACAACUCUCUCUAGAUUCACCCAGUUACGUAAUCUAUACCCGAUCCGGCACUUUUCCAUCGUUGACUUCCCCACAAGUUUCUCCACAAGCUUCCCCACAAGGUUCUCCACAUGCUUUUCCACGAGCUUCUCCACAAGCUUCUCCACGAGCUUUCCCACAUGCUUGCCCACAAGCUUCUCCACGUGCUUUCCUACUUGCUUACCAGCAAGCUUUUCAACGAGCUUCCCCGCAUGCUCCUCGAGCUCCCCACAUGCUUUUCCACAUGCUUCUCCACAAGCUUCUCCACAUGCUUCCCACAUGCUUCUCCACAAGCUUCUCCACAAUCUUCCUCACGAGCUUUCCCACAUGCUUGCCCACAAGCUUCCCCACAUUCUUCUCCACACACUUGCUCACAAGCUUCUCCACAUCCUUUCCCACAAGCUUCCCCACAUUUUUUUCCACAUGCUUCUCCACAAACUUCUCCACAUGCUUCUCCACAAACUUCUCCACAAGCUUCUCCUCAAGCUUCUCCACAAGCUUGCCCACAAGUUUUUCCACAUGCUUCUCCACAUGCUUCUCCACGGGUUCUCCACAAACUUCUCCACAAGCUUCCCCACGAGCUUCUCCACAAGCUUGCCCACAAGGUUCUCCACAAACUUCUCCACAUGCUUCCCGACAAGUUUCUUCACAUGCUUCCCCAUGA